ACGACUUGACGAUCGUGUGAUUACGUAAUUUCGUACGUGUUGUCAAAACCGUUAAUGACGAAUUUCGUUUCCUAAUGUUUAAUUGAUACUGUUAGACAAGACGUUCAGAAGUUUAUAUUUUAAAAAAAGUUUGUAUUGAAGUUUAAAGAAGAUGUAUUUGUUAUUGUGUCUAUGUUUAUGGUGUUUAAGCUUUCGAACCUUGUAUGGGAUAGUUAUCGAAAGAGGCCCAAUUGGUGAUAAAUUGCUUGAUAUUAGUGAAAAAAGUUGUGGAAAGUUUAAGAACACGAUUUACAACGAUGGCUGUAAAUGUAUGGAUAAUUACAACACGUUCCAUGUUAAACUUGGCCACGGUGGCUGCUACUCAAUGAAAGACUUAGGAGCAAGAGCUGAACACGGGUUAGAUGAACAGCCUACUAUAUAUGUCACGAACACUGUUUAUAAGAAUAGAAAAAUUUAUCUGUUUGUCAAUGUACCGCCAAACACAUGUGGUCGUGCAGAGUCAAAGAAAGUUUUCCAAUGGCUGCCAGGAGCAGCUUGGACUGAGAACUCAACAUUAGCGUACAAAUUUAAGUCGCCCAUUGAUGUGACGAACAAUAAACUGGUAGAAGGUGGAGGCCUGUAUAAACUGUUUUGGACGUGCAAUGGAGAACAUUAUAAUUUAGUUGCAAAAGUUAGUGGAUUGUUCACAUAUCAUCUUCCUGAAGAAAAGUCGUCCACGUUGCCAGCCAUACCAAAGUCAACUCCAGUUGCAGUCACUAAAAAGAAAACUAGCCUGGUUCCUAUUCUACUAGCCUGUUUAGCAGUUGUUUUAAUUGUGCUAGUUAUAGUCUUGGUAUUCGUCUAUAAAAGAUAUUCAAAAGAUGUUGCAAGCAAAAAGGAUUCGGGUAGCAAUGAAGAACCGAACGCAACAAUAAAAGAUUCAACAAGUCCUGAGCCUUUUUAUGCCAGCAUACAAGGAUCGACAAUGACGACAACAGCAUCAGGAAGUAGCGAGUAUACGAGUAUAGAUAUUAGCAAAAUUGAUAACAGGGAAUACACACCUCUCGUCAAACGAAAAGAACAACUUGAUGGAAAAGACGAGGAAGUGGAAAUGGAAAAUCAUGACUAUUUCGAAACUGAACCAUUUUAUUUCGAAACACAGAAAGAUUAUGAGACUGUGAAUAAAACUGAGCCUGUGUAUCACGUGAUAGAAGCUGAUAAUUAACAUGAGGAGUGUUAGACACGUGAGGUGGAGUGUCGAAAGCAUUUCAUUGCGUGUUUAUAAUUGACAAUCACGAUAUGUGGACUUACAAAGAUAUUUUAAAACAUGUUGUAUAUAAUUAUAAGUUAAUUUUGUAUACUUUAUUUGCAGAUAUCUACUGCACGUUUUAACGUUGCAUAUC